CACACAGCCAAGAGGGGCAGAGUCAGGUGAGCCUGUGGACUCGUUGCUGAGCAGUGACAGAUUGCCCAGCAAGAAAAGCCAGACUUCAACAACUGCACUUGAGAGAGAGCGCAAUGAGUCUGAGGUGAGGAAAGCCGUUGGAGCCGUUUGCUCUUUCCCGACCUCUGAUCCCACCACUCCUGCCAGUCUGAUCUGUGUCAGGUUGGAACUGCUAAUAAAAGCAACGGACGUCUGUGCUCAGCUGUAAGGGCUGUCCAUUUCAUUCUGUGUUGCCUUUCAUCUUUAUGUGGACUAGAAUGGAUUAACAAGAACAUUGGGAAGAAGGCAGUCAAUUAAAGAGCAUAAUUCAAAGAUUUCCUGAGAUUACAUUUCAGACUGCAAUAAAGCUGCAGCCCCGACUAUAAGCAACUUAACGCUAACAGUGUACCCUGAACAGCAGGAGGGGCAGUCGGCCAUGUUGACAGAUUUUGAUAAGGAGACAACUCUCUAACAGUUACAUGAAAGCAAGCUGAAAAAUGGUCAGCUUUUGUCCACAGUCCACCACUGUAGCAACAGUUGUCCUUCUGUUGCUAACAUCAGCAGUAAUCUCAGCACAUUUCCGUGUUUGUGAGCCUUAUGCAGAUAUCAAGGGGCGAUAUCAUUUUGGUUUCCACUGCCCACGCCUUUCAGACAGCAAAAGCUACAUGUUAUGUUGUCAUCAUAACAGCACUGUCUUCAAGUAUUGCUGCAACGAGACCGAGUUUCAGGCAGUCAUGCAGAUGAACAUGACGGGCCAGCCAGAGGGAUACAUGCAUAACAACUACAGUGCACUGGUUGGAGUAUGGAUUUACGGUUUUUUUGUCCUGGUCUUGCUUAUACUGGACCUUCUCUACUACUCUGCCAUGAACUAUGAGAUCUGCAAGUUUUACCUGUCGAAGUGGGGGAUCCGAGGCAGCUGGCUGAAGCAGGAUGAGAGUCAAUGGAGCGGCUCUGCUCAGGGACAGGGACAGUGUCAGGCUCAGGAGCAGUCCCAGGCCCAUGCUCAGGCCCAUUCUGCACAGACUAUACAGACGCUGAAAGCUGAUGUUCAGAGUCCAGCCUUGAUGUCUUUUCAAACUUCAGCUGCAUGGUGA